GUGAUCUGUGGCGCAAUUCGGAUCUGUGCAGAUUGUCAUCUGUGAUUCGGAUUUCGGAUUUCGGAAAGAGAAAGCGAGCUUAGCGGGACUGGCUUUAAAAUAUUUUCAACACAAAACAAACUUGAAACAGGUUAAAGCUUGGCAGCGAUGGCAGACCCUGGGAAGGGUCGUGGCCGAGGCCUGGCCUUACUCCAGGCCCUGAAAUCUCAGUUGGGGGAAUCACCGCCAUCCUCUCAAGAAACAACCCCACAACCCACUCCUGGUCCAAGUGUUGCAUCCAGUAGUGUUGGUUCAUCUGUCCCAUUGGGUGGGCGAGGCAGAAUGGCUGCCAUGCUUCUUUCGCAAAUGCCAAAACCAGGUAUUGAAUUUGUAGCAGCAUCUGAUGUAAGCCCAAGCCCAAGCACCGUUUCAUCUGGACGAGGCAGAGUGUUGAAGUUCAUGGAAACCUUGAAGGCUGGUGUACAGGCUCAACCUUCUGCAGCCAGUGCUGGAGAUGUGGGGAGCUUGACUCAACAAAUGGCCCACAGUACCAUCUCUACUGACACUACCACAACUUUAGCAAAGAAAAAUAAGGAAUAUAGUGAGGUGAAGAAAACGCCGCCAGUGGUCAUGAAAGGUGAAACCGGCACGCCGUGUGACGUCACCGCUAACUUCAUAUAUCUCAACUUUGAGGAGAACAACGUUUUUGAGUACAACGUGGCUUACGAGCCCGAACAGGAUUACAGGCACUUGCGGUUCAAGCUAUUGAAUGAACACAGUCAUUUCUUCAAAGAGAAAACGUUUGACGGAACAACACUUUACGUGCCUCACGCAUUGCCUGAUGAAGCGCUUAAUCUGGUGUCCACGAACCCCUUUGACCAGAGUAAAGUGAAUUUGAAAAUAACAUUCCGUCGCACUCGGCAUCUAAGUGAGAUGAUCCACAUCUACAACAUCCUGUUCAAGCACAUAAUGCGAGACCUCGAGCUGGUUCGCUUUGGACGGCAACACUUCAGCGAACAUCUGGCCGUUCAGAUACCACAGCACAAGCUGGAAGUGUGGCCGGGUUAUGUAACAGCCGUGGAUGAAUAUGAAGGAGGUCUCAUGCUGACCCUGGACUCCACACACAGGGUGCUCCGAACACAGAGCGUGCUGUCACUUAUAAAUGAAACUCUACAUGCGGAGGGCGCGAAUUGGAAGAACGCCCUUAACAUGAUUUUGGUUGGCAGCUCAGUUAUGACCACUUACAAUAAGAAACUGUUUCGUGUGGACAGUAUUGACGACACCAUGAACCCAAUGUCAACAUUUGAGAAGAACGAAAAAGGUCAAAUGGUUAAAAUUAGCUUCAUUGAGUACUACAAGAAAAACUAUGGCAUUGAUAUUAUGAAUACAACACAGCCAAUGUUGAUUUCCAGGGAGAGCAAAACGUUGCCAGGGAAUGAACACAAAACGGACUUCAUGAUAUGCCUCGUCCCGGAACUGUGCCAACUCACUGGACUCACGGAUUCGCAGAGAAGUAACUUUAGACUGAUGAAGGAUGUCGCAACAUAUACACGGAUAACGCCUAAUCAAAGACAUGCCGCUUUCAAAAAGUUCAUCAGAAACGUUAUGGAAAACGAAAAAGCAAAGAGCCGCCUCAAAGGCUGGGGGCUCAGCAUAGCUCCUGAAACCGUCAACAUCACGGCGAGGACUUUGCCGCCGGAAGCUUUGCAGUUCGGAAGGGGCGUCAAAAUACCUGGCAAGCCCAACGCAGACUGGAACUUCGAUGUGUGCAAGAACGCGGUCAUGAAUGCUGUCGAUAUACUGCGAUGGGUCGUCUUGUAUACAGACCGAGACAGGAAUGUAACUAAUGAUUUCGUCGAAACAUUAAAACGGUGCAGUGGACCGAUGGGCAUAACUGUAUCGAAGCCGGACCUCGUUCGUUUGCCCAACGAUCGCCCGGAGACAUACAUCGCGGCGCUGAAGAAGCAUAUCACGUCGCAGCUGCAGCUCGUCGUGGCCAUAUCGCCCUCGCAGAGGGACGAUCGGUAUGCGGCUAUCAAGAGAAUAUGCUGUGCUGAAAACCCUAUACCCUCACAGGUGAUAAACGCUCGCACGUUGUCAAAUAGCCAAAAAAUCCGAUCAAUCACUCAGAAGAUACUGCUGCAAAUGAACUGCAAGCUCGGUGGCACGUUAUGGCACAUUAGCAUUCCGUGCAAGAACACCAUGGUGGUCGGCAUCGACUCCUACCACGAAGGGCAAAUGAAGAAAAAUAGUGUUUUUGCUUUCGUGGCCUCAUACAACAUGUCGAUGACGAACUGGUACUCGAAGGUGAUGUUCCAAGAGAAAGGUCAGGAGAUCGGGGACUGCGCCAAGUUCUGCGUCGUGGAGGCGCUCAAACACUAUCUACGUGUUAAUGGCGUCUUGCCGCAAAGGAUUAUCAUUUACAGGGACGGAGUCGGCGACGGCCAACUGAAGCAGUUGAAGGAAUACGAGAUCAGGCAGAUGCAGAUCGAGAUAUCGUCCUUCGGCGAGAGUUACAAGCCCAACAUCACGUACAUCGUGGUGCAGAAGCGGAUCAACACGCGGAUCUUCCUCCGCCAGGGGCCGGAGUACGCCAACCCUGACCCCGGCACUGUCGUCGACCACCUCAUCACGAGACGCGACUGGUACGACUUCCUAAUAGUAUCGCAGAAGGUGAAUCAGGGUACCGUAACGCCGACCCACUACGUGGUGGUGCACGACGAGAGCGGCAUGACGCCGGACCAGUGCCAGCGGCUCACGUACAAACUCUGCCACCUGUACUACAACUGGCCGGGCACGGUCCGCGUACCGGCGCCGUGCCAGUACGCACACAAACUCGCGUACCUGGUCGGCGAGAGCAUGCGGGUAAUGCCGUCUCCUCACUUGGAGGAUAAGUUGUUCUUCCUAUAAACUGUGUGACAUUCGAAAUUGACAAAAAAAGUGAUUGCGUAUUUGUGAUAUUGAUAGUGAUGCCCCAUUAGUGCUUUCGUUGCAACGUCGCAGUCGACGCUGUGUUGUUUUUCGUUUAUUUUAUCUAAUCUCGUGUCAUUAUUCCAAUUGUGAUAUUAAACUGUGCCACCUGAACUAUAACUGGCCGGGCACCUCAGAUCAAUUAUAGAAUGACCUGUAUCAUAGUCACGAAGAAAAUUGUCUGUCAUUUACUGAGGAAAGCGAGCUUAGAUUUGGUAUAUAUCUUAUACUAAACUAGAAGAUUUCGCCCGUUUUUUACACAAUUAAAUUACACAAAAAGGUAUUUUUACGGAGCUCUUUAAUCGACGAACACGAUUACAACUAUUUAACAUCGAUUCUAUAGCGACAGUUUUUAUAAUCGCAUUAGAUCGUUGAUCAUAUACUUUGACAGACAAGUAACGUCUAGCGAGGCAGGUCCUAUACAAUAAUUGGUCUGAGUUCGAAAUUGACAAAAAAAGUGAUUAAGUUGUUCUUGGAGUAUAAGUUGUUCUUCUUAUAAACAGUGUGACAUUUGAAAUUGACAAAAGAGUGAUUACGUAUUUUUGAUACCGAUAGUGAUGCCCCAUUAGUGCUUGCGUUGCAACGUCGCAGUCGACGCUUUGUUGUUUGUCGUUUAUUUUAUCUAAUCUCGUGUCAUAAUAUUCCAAUUAAAAAAUUAAAAAAAUAUACUAUAAUGGCAUAGAUUAUAUUCACACGCAUAUUGUAAUAAAUAAAAAAGUUAUUUUAUAACACCGCUCUUUGUAUGGAAAGUGUGUUAUAAAAAAACUUUUUUACUAUUGUAGCCCAGUUAGAGCUCUGGAUUGUUGGUAUUUUUACAGCUCUGGGUUCUUGAUUUUUCGUAUAAUAUUUUAAAUGACAUGUCACAUUAAAACGUUGUGUCGUCGCAGGCGAUGUUUCAACGGACGAAGGACAAUGCUCAUUUGUUUUGUAUGCAUUGUUGAGACUGACUGGGUGCGUGCGUCGUCUUCUUGCUCUGAAAUGUCGUGCGUUAUCGCAACGCAUGUGUGGCAUUAGAUUUACAAUGAGUUGAACCGUUGCGACGUCGCAAUUCAGCGCACUAAUGAGGCAUCGCCCUUAGUAGUAAUUUUAUUUGAUCGUAUUUAAAUAUGAUGUUUUUUUUUGUUUUGCUGCUAUUAUAGAAUAAGACUGGGAUAGCCAGACAUACUUAAUCUUAUGGAGACUGAAUGUUUGUCAGCCAAUGUCAGUUUUUAAUUAAUUUAAUUAUUAAGCUUAAUGUCAUGAAACAACAAUUGUAACUCAUACAUUCAAAUAACGAUUAAAUUGCCGACAUAUUGACAGCACACGUUUGCAAAGACAACUGACAACCAAUAUUGCAAAGUUGAAUAAGUAUGAAAAUAAUGAAAUCAUCUUCAUCAGUGAUGAAUGAAAACCCCACGACUGAUGCACCUCACUUCCCCGCACGCACGAUUUCACACCCGCGCAGUAUUUCCCCCCGUCGACCGCAUAUUAUGGGAGUGUCAUCAACAAAUUUGCCAGACUAUAUUGCCUAUUGGCUGACAAACUUUCAGCCUGCAUGAAAUGAGAUAUGUCUGGCUAUUUUAGGCUUUAGUUCUAAGUCCGAUGACAUAUUUUUGAUUUCAUGACAUAUGUCGUGAAGAGAAAAUACAUAUUCGACCAAAUAGCGGCUGAACUGAUAACAUCGCUCUCUCUUUCUCCCAACGCAAUGAAAGAGCGAUGUUUGCGCUUCGUCGCUAUUGGUUGACAAUAUAUAAUUUUGUCUUCACGACAUAUGCCGCUUUAGGAUUUAUUUUGCUAUUAUUCAAGCAAAAAUGAUUUAAAGAAGGUCAGCCUCUUUCGUACAAGCCGUGACCUGACCGUAAAGUGCCAUGGCCACAAAUAACCUAAUGUUUUACCUAUACAUACAUUAAAUAAAAACCACUAAAUAUGUCGAUAUUUACACAGAAACACUGGAAUGCCCAACCAGGGGUUUCCUAUUAUUUGUGCCUGAAUCUAGGCAAAUGUGCUCCUACUUAGAUCUCAAUACAGGCGUCCAUCCAUCAGUCGCCUCUUAACUGCGUGCGUAUUAUAUAAAUAUUUUUUAAAUAUAUACUAAUACUAGCGGACGCCCGCGACUUCGUCCGCGUGAAACUCGAUGUAAACAUUCAAAUACCCCUACCCCACCCCUACCCUACCCCUACCUUACCCCUACCUUAGAACAUUUUAUGGUUCUAUCAUUUAUAGUUUAGGCAGCGUACUCAAAAUAAGUAACUUUUCUGGUUGAUUUUUUACACCUUGUGUCUGAAAAACUCAAAUGUCUUACGGAACCCUAUUUUUUUCCAAAAUAAAAUUUAGCCUAUGUUACUUGUGGAUAAUGUAGCUUUCGAAUGGUGAAAGAAUUUUUAAAAUCGGUCCAGUAGUUUUUGAGCCUAUUCAUUACAAACAAACAUACAAACAAAGUUUUCCUCUUUAUAAUAUUAGUAUAGAUUGUAAAGCUGAAGAGUUUGUUUGUUUGAUUGAACGCGCUAAUCUCAGGAACUACUGGUCCGAUUUGAAAAAUUCUUUCAGUGUUAAAUAGCCCAUUUAUCGAGGAAGGCUAUAGGCUAUAUUUUAUCCCCGCAUUCCUACGGGAACCUAAACCACGCGGGUAAAACCGCGCGGCGCCUACUAGUAUUAUAUAAUUCUAAUAAAAAAAGUCGAAACAAUUACUUGCGGACUGUUUCAAUGUUUUUUGAUGUAUAUUUAAAUUAUUAACAUGAGAUCUAUUUACUUAUUUUCUUAUUUACUACGAACAUAUUUUAGAACACAAUGUUAUUUGAACAUUUUAAAUUAGUUUUCGGUAAAGAAUAUAACCCCAGAGUUAAGGGAAAUACUCUCCAGCACCCUGAAUAUUCAUACUGUUAAUAUUUAAAUUAAUCCAGUUUAAAACUGAUAUUAUUAUUUAAUAAUCGUCAAAUCGGGACCAGUAGUGUAUGAAAAAUGGAUGGUCUCCUUUUUCUGUACAUUUUUCUACCUAAUUUAAGAAAAUAAUAAUGUUAAUAAUGUUUAUCUCAGGAUUUUACUUUUAUUAAUAUGAUUGUGAUCUGAAAUAGAUAAAAAAUAUAAAAAUAAUCAUACAUAUUAUGUAUUUACUAUUGUAGAUGGUAAGGAAAACAAAAUCUGGAAGGGCAUUCCUUGACAUGUAGCCACGUGCAACGUUAUUCUCUUACUACAAUCGCAAACGGCCUCCGUGGCGCAGUGGUAUGCGCGGUGGAUUUACAAAACGGAGGUCCUAGGUUCGAUCCCCGGCUGGGCAGAUUGAGAUUUUCUUAAUUUGUCCAGGUCUGGCUGGUGGGAGGCUUCGGCCGUGGCUAGUUACCACCCUACCGGCAAAGACGUACCGCCAAGCGAUUUAGCGUUCCGGUACGAUGCCGUGUAGAAACCGAAAGGGGUGUGGAUUUUCAUCCUCCUCCUAACAAGUUAGCCCGCUUCCAUCUUAGACUGCAUCAUCACUUACCAUCAGGUGAGAUUGUAGUCAAGGGCUAACUUGUAAAGAAUAAUAAAAAAUAAAAAAAAACGCUUCGAAAAUCAAUAUAAUAAACAUUCAUUAUCAUUCGUUAUCGACGUUACCGUUUGUAGAAAGAGAAUCGACGUGCCGCUUUAGCUUUUUAACUAUUUGCUAAAGUAUCGGAAACUCUCCUCAUUAGGUUUUAGAUGACAUUGUGUCUUAAUAGACUGAUUACUGAUAUGUACAUUAAUUAGUUAGAGCAACGCACUAGUUGGUACUGCCACAUAAUAUUAAUACACAAUAUGUACAUAUUGUCAUAUCAUCUUUUAAACUAUAUUAUACAUACUUGUUUUUUUUAGCCCGUAUUCACAAACAUUUAAAUCAGGCGUAGCAUGCGUCAACGACAUAUGUCAUGAAGGGGAAAGACAAAUGUCGACCAAUAGCGGCGACAAGAGAGCUAUAUUUUCGAUUGCCGCUAUUGGUCGACAUUUGUCUUUUCUUGUCUCGAUAUUUGUCUUGGGCAUACUAUUAGUAUAUAUGUAAAUAAUUUGUAGUACCUGACAUUUCCACAUCAUCAUAUUCUUCGCCAGGUGAUAUCUGUCAAAACUACUGUUGCAUAAUAUUAAUAGAUUUUGCGAAAACGUUUGUGAAUACGGGUGUAUAGUGCGACACAAAAAAGUUCAAAAUAAACUAUAAUAUUUAGUUCACUAUAAUUAUGCAAAAAAUAUAAAAUAUUUUCAUAGAUAUAAUAAGUUCAAUACCUAGGUAAUGUACGAUAUUCGGUACAUGUGAGCUUCAUAAUAAGGUUCAGAGUCCCACGGCACGAUGGAGCGAGCUAUGCUCGGAUUAUAUAUGCGUGAUCGAAUCAGAAAUGAGAUCUGUAGAAGAACCAAAGUCACUGACAUAGCUCAAUGAGUCACUAAGCUGAAGUGUAAUGGGUGGAAUGUAUAAUACUUCGAAGACUGAUAGGCUUUGGGGUCCCAAGGCGCCGUUGGAUACUGACGGCUUAAUUCUGUAAUGUUUGAAAAUACUUAAAGGACCCCUAUGUCUAACAGUGGACGUCAAUCGGCUUUAUGAUAUUGAUAAUGAUUCAUAUGAAGACUCAAAGUCAAUCGGCGCACGAUGGAGCGAGCUAUGCUAGCGGUAUAAAUGCGUGAUCGAAUCAGAAAUGAGAUCCGUAGAAGAACCAAAGUCACUGACAUAGACAGUUAGUUCUAGUUUUCUUGAUUUCUACUUUCUUAUGUCGCACUGUGACUCUAAAUUAUAAAACAUAAUAUAGAAAUAUACUACAAAUGCGUGUAUUAAAGUUUUAUAUUUUUAUAAAAUCGAAUUAAUAUUUUAAGUAUGUACAUUGUACCUUAUGGCACAAUUUGUUAAGUAAACUGUGAAAAAUCUUUUUGUUUUAAUUUUUCUUUGGGUUUCAACUUGCUCAACCUUAAACAGUUAUGCGUUCUAUAUUAUAUAUAGAAUGUGCUGUCGAUUAAUAAAUAGGUACUCGUAUAUUAUAAUAUUGCAAAUGUGCCAGAAGCUAUUUUUGUGAAAUAAAGAGAUUCUUCAUCUUUUUUAUGAUAAUGUUAGAUUGUUGAUUCAGAAAACUUUAUUCGGGAAAUGAAUGUUUAUUUGUCCCGUAUGCGUUGUUAUAGCAGUCGUUCAGUAGGCCUACGAUAUGCCACGACAUAUGUCGAGACAAGAGAAAGACACGUAUCAACUAAUAGCGGCGGAAUCGAAAAUAUCGCACUCUCUCUCUCUUUUGUUGCGUUGGGAGGAAAGAGACAACGAUAUUUCAUUUCUGCCGCUAUUGCUCGACAAUAUGUUUUUUUCUCUUUACAAUAUAUGUCGUUGACGCAUUCUAGGCCUAUAAUUGUGUUAACUUUGUACGUACAAUGACGUACGAAGUUUUCUUAAUGUUUAUUGUAUACGGGGUAUAAAUAUACUUAAUAUCGAUUGUUUUUAUAAAUAAAAAUAAAUUAGAAUAGUUUACUAAAGCAGUAAUUUUCUUUUUUUUUACAUUGAUUUUAAGCAACUCUAGGAUUAUAGUAGAAAAGUCAUUAGCUUUUAAUGAUUUUAUUUUAAAGCGAAACAUUUUGAUUUGCAACAGAAAUUAAUAGGUUUUAGCAUAAUGGUGUUUAUACACGACGCAUGUAACUUGCGCAAAUAGUUUUUAUUAACUCUAAUAGGUCUGAUCCUAAAUUAAUUCCACUCCAUCCAUCUUUGUCAAAAUUAUAGUUUUCCUAUGGCAUUAAUUUGUCUAUUAUAUAAAUAAUAAUAUGUCUACAUUAAAUGGAACACAAUUGUCCGCCUAUUAUAUAAAUAAAUAUAGUUUUAAAUCUA